AAAUUAAUUUUAUAUCUAAUAAUUUCACUACUUUAAUUGUUGUAAUUUACAAUCACUUUUCAUAGGAUGGAAGAUUUAAAGAAUCUCGGAAAUGAUGCCUUUAAGGCUGGAAGAUUUAUGGAUGCUGUAGAAUUUUUCACUAAAGCAAUUGAACUUAAUCCAGAUGAUCACGUUUUGUAUUCUAAUAGAUCAGGCGCAUAUGCAUCUAUGUAUAUGUACAACGAGGCUUUAGCUGAUGCGAAUAAAUGUAUCGACUUGAAGCCAGAUUGGCCUAAGGGAUAUUCUAGAAAAGGAUUGUGUGAAUACAAGUUGGGAAAUCCUGAAAAAGCUAAAGAAACUUAUAAUAUGGGUCUGGCUUAUGAUCCAAAUAACGAAUCACUAAAUAAGGCCUUGUUAGAGGUUGAAAAUGAUAAAUCCGACACUUACAUCCAAUCACUAUUGAUGGUUUCACAAAUCAUCCAGCAGAACCCUAAACUCAGAAAAUACCAGGAACAAGAUCCUGAAUACGCAUCUAAACUCGCAAGAUUGGUUUCACACAUGAACACUGAUCCCGCGGUUUUACAACAGAUAUUAACUGACCCAAACCCAGGUUUGAGAGAUGGCUUAAUGGCUUGUAUGGGUAUGAAUCGAAAUACAGAAAAGAGGGAAGACAAUAUUGAGGAGAAACCUAAGAUGCCUGAACCCCCUAAGCCAAAGGAGCCAUUAACUCCCUCCCAAGUGGAGUCAAACAAGUAUAAAGAGGAAGGAAACAAUUUUUACAAGCAGAAGAAAUUCACAGAAGCAUUGGAAAUGUAUAAUAAGGCCAUAGAACUGGAUCCAAAUAAUUUAUUGCUGGAGAAUAACAAAGCGGCUGUGUAUUUGGAGAUGGGUGAUUACGAAAAGUGUAUCAAAACAUGUAACGACGCUAUUGAUAGAAGAUACGAUGUUAUGGCUGAUUUCACAGUAGUUUCAAAGAUAUACAACAGAUUGGCAGCCUGUUAUACUAAAAUGGAGCGUUACGACGAUGCAAUUUUAUGUUACCAAAAGUCAUUAAUUGAAAACAACACCAGACAGACAAGAAUUCUAUUAAGUGAUCUUGAACGACUAAAGGAGAAGAAAGAAAAGGAAGCCUACAUCAAUCCAGAAUUGGCAGAACAACAUCGUGAAAAGGGUAAUGAAUAUUUCAAGGCUUUUAAAUUCCCAGAAGCUAAAAAGGAAUAUGAUGAGGCAAUUAAGAGGAACCCAACGGAUGCCAAGUUAUAUUCAAAUCGAGCAGCAGCUUUGUUAAAGUUGUGUGAAUACCCAUCAGCAUUAGCGGACUGUAACAAGGCUCUGGAAUUGGAUCCGACUUUUGUUAAGGCCUGGGCAAGGAAAGGAAACCUUCACGUCCUGCUGAAAGAGUAUCAUAAAGCCAUGGAUUCUUACGACAAGGGACUUAAAGUUGACCCAAACAACAACGAAUGCCUGCAGGGAAGAAAUAACUGUUUAAAUAAGAUACAAGAAAUGAACAAGGGCGAAAUCGAUGAAGAACAGUGCAAGCAUGCCAUGGCUGAUCCUGAGGUCCAGCAGAUAAUCUGCGACCCUCAAUUCCAGUUAAUAUUAAAGAAAAUAUCAGAAAAUCCGAUGACCAUGGCAGAAUACCUCAAGGAUCCCAAAAUCUCAAAUGGAAUACAAAAAUUAAUAGCUGCCGGUUUAAUUAGAACUGGCUGAAGUUUUAAAUAUGUGUAACCACUAAUUUCUUUCAUUAUA